AUGGAGACAAUAACCACACCCCUUCUCAAUCCACGAUGCAGCGUGCGUGAAUCUCGACCUUUUUUGGUUUUCUUCUUCUUUGAUUUAUUUCCAGAUUUGAAGGAGAUAGCAGACUUGAUCGAUACUGGCUCGUAUACGAAGGAAGUCCGCCGUAUUGCUCGUGCUGUGCGGCUAACUAUUGGUCUCAGGCGAAAACUCACCUCCUCCGUGUUAACUUCUUUCCUCGAUUUCGCUUUGGUUCCAGGAUCCGAACCCCACUCUCGCCUCUCUUCCUUUACUGCCAAGGGUGAUGAACAUGACAUGGAAGUUGAUACGGCUACAUCUGCUACAUCUGCUACAUCUUCUAAGAACCUACCUUCUGAGCUCGAGAUCUACUGCUACUUCAUUGUUCUUCUUUUUCUGAUUGAUCAGAAGAAGUACCCCGAGUUUACUCCUGCUAAACCUUGUUCUUCAGCAAGCAUUGCUCGUCUCAAGAACUUUAACAGAUGAACCAUCGAUGUGAUUGCUUCAAGACUCUAUGUUUACUAUUCCUUGAGCUACGAACUAACUGGCGAUCUUGCUGAAAUCCGCGGGAAUCUUCUUGCCUUGCAUCACUCUGCAACACUACGCCAUGAUGAGUUGGGUCAGGAAACACUUGUAAACCUGUUGCUUCGCAACUACUUCCAUUACAAUUUGUAUGAUCAGGCAGAGAAGCUCAGAUCAAAGGCACCUCCAUUUGAGGCCCAUUCAAACCAGCAGUUCUGUGGGUAUCUCUUCUACCUGGGGAAGAUCCGAACCAUUCAGCUGGAGUACACAGAUGCAAAAGAAAGUCUCCUUCAAGCAGCCAGGAAAGCCCCAGCAGCUCCGGGGUUCAGAAUCCAAUGCAAUAAAUGGGCCAUUCUGGUCCGCUUGCUACUGGGUGAGAUCCCUGAGAGGCCAGUCUUCAUUCAAAAGGGGAUGGAGAAGGCUCUGAGGCCUUAUUUCGAGCUUACCAAUGCGGUGAGGAUUGGGGACUUGGAGCUGUUCAGGACAGUCCAAGAGAAGUUCUCAGAGACAUUUGCUCAAGACCGGACGCACAAUCUCAUCGUAAGACUCCGCCACAACGUCAUCAGGACUGGACUACGCAACAUAAGCAUCUCGUACUCGAGAAUCUCCCUUCCUGACGGAGCAAUCUGACGCGACCAUCGAUCACAAAAACGGGUGCAUGGUCUCAAGAGAAACAGGGGACAUUUACUCCACGAAUGAGCCGCAGACAGCGGUUAACGCGAGAAUUGCUUUCUGCCUCAACAUGCAUAACGAGGCGGUCAGAGCUUUGAGGUUUCUUCCUAAUACCCACAAGGAGAAAAAAAAGCGAUUAAUUUUUUUUAUAUUCAAAAAAAAGAAAAGAAAAAGAGCGAUGGGAAGAGGAGAGAGAGGAAGAGUUGGCUAAGCACAUGGCUGAGGAAGACUAUGAUGACUUUUAGAGAAGGAUAAUAUCUCAGUCUGAGUUUGUUACUCACACAACUUUACUUUCUAAAGUGUUUUACUGGAGGUGUGUUAAGUGUGUUUUAUCCUCCGGAUAAUCAUUGUUCCUUUUUAUUACUUUGGUUUCAGGUUUAGGAAAAUAGAUUUAUAUUUGUCGUUGGUUUCAGAAGAUUGGAAUAUUUUUUCGUUUAAUGGUGUUUCGGGGGGGAGGGGGGAUUCAACGCAUCUUCAGACGGUGGAUCAUUGUUAGAACAUUGGCAUGUGAAAUGUUAUCAUCACUAAGGCUUAUGCA